UCCUGAAAACAGGCAUUCCAGGAGAGGAACCCCGAGAGGACACGAACACCAAAACCCAACUCCAACAUCUGACUGCGACUCAGAAACAGCAGCGACAUCCGGAGCUGGUGGUGCGCGUGACCGCGGGGUGAUCCGCACCUGACGUGACGAGAAAACGGGACCUGGAAUCCCCCAAAGCCCCCCGCCCCCUCCCUUCACCUGCAAGUGUUCUUGAUCACUCUCUGCACCCAGGGAGUUACUUGAUCUGCUCUAUCAGGCCAUGACAAGAAACUGCCAUGCCUCGUGUGUCCUCACCAUCAUGGUCCUCUUCACAUCAUUGUCUUUCCUUCAUCUCUCCACACCCAACCCAGUUUCUACGUUUGGGGAUUAUGACAACGCACCCAGAGAGGUUCUUCCCAGGCUUCCAGUUUAUGAAAACACGGAACGAACACAGGAGCGAUGGAAAAGAGCCUCGAAAGACCAAAGUGAGCAAGAAGAGGAGCUCUUUGAAGAUGUGGAUCCCAAAAGACUAGCUGCUGUGUUACUGGAGGCUCUGAAUCACACACAUGUGGAAAGAGAGAGGGAUGAAGAGAACGACAACAGCAUGGAAGAAGAGACACAGACUGAGAGAGACGAGAUUCAAAAAGAAGAACCACGCGGUGAGAGAGUGUCAAGAAACAGAGAAAGAGACGAGCAGAAAGAGCUGGAGCUGCUUAUUGCCUCACAUGGCAAGGACCGGGAACGGGAGGAGGACGAGGAGAAGACGAAAGCUCUGGAAGAGGAGGAGAAGAUAACGGAGAAGGUGACGAGCCACACCACAAGUCAGACGGUCCAAAUUCAAACAGAGCAGCAGCCGAAUGGAUCAGACGGAACAGCGGAGAGCGGUGCUGCGAACCAGCAGGGAUCAUCCAACCCCGAGCAAAGCAGCUACGAAGAGGAGGAGCAGCUCAAUCCUGAGGAGCUGAAGAGCCUGGAGACUGUGAUGAAGGAGUUUCCACGUCUUAACACUAAAAGAGAUGGUGCUUUGGAGCAGCCGCAGAGACAUGUUAGAGGUUACAGCAGCUACAAUGACAUCAUUCCAAUAAAUAAGGGCAGUGACCUCGCCUUAACCAAGAAAAAAUUAAAAUGGCAGGAAGAAACACAGAAAGCAGUUUACUUCCCAACGUUUACUGGAGGCAAUUCUGUAGAGGAAUCAGAAGACGGCAACGAUAUCAGCAAAGCAACCCAGCCCCCGACUCCAACUGAACAGAAAGGGGUGCAAGACGAUUACACAGACGAGGAAGAGGAGGAGGAAUUGCUCAGCCCAGAGGAGGAAGAAGCUCGAGCCAAAGUGGAGCAGGAGGAGAUGAUGAGGCAGGCAGCAGAGGCACAAAAAGCCAAACUGGAAGAGGAAAAGCUGGCUGACAUCGCCUCAGACAUGUUGCUGAGCUACAUGGGGAAACAAAAUAAAGGUGACAAGAAGCACAGCUUGUCCAUGUCGAAUGCUGCAGAGGAUAAGAGAUCUGAUGAGGAAGCAACAGAGGAGGAUGACCUUGACCCGCAGACCAUUGACAAGUUGAUUGAGAUCUCCAGUAAAUUGCACCUCCCCGCUGAUGAUGUCGUAGACAUAAUCACUGAUGUUGAGAAAAAGAAGAUGAAAGAUGCGCCACCUGAGAUGGCAUCUGUUCGGCAGCAUGCCUCAGCGCCACUGUCUCCUUCUUUUCAUUCCGGUUGGCAAGUUUCGUCAAAUCAAAACAGCUUUCUGGUCUCGAAGCAACCAUCUCCAGCUGUAAACAUCCUAAAAACCUGGUUUCAAGACAAAAACACACCCAAAUCUGACGUUUCCCAAAGGAAACUUCCUAAACCUUUGCUCCCCUUUCAUUUUUCACCCAAACCUGAAAAGCCCUUUCCGGUGAAACAGGAUCAUUGGUUCAAGUUACCAAAGUCUGUCUGGACUGGCUACUCCUUGUAUCCCUACUCCUACUCCAGCUACCACCAAAGGAAACCCAUCUUGGGUUACUAUCCUUUCUAUUUUCCUCCCAUGCCAAGACCUAAAUCUCAUUACUUCCGGCCUAAAGCUCCUCUAACACCCAACAGUUACUUUGGUAAUUCUGUGGAAGAUCCGUACAUUUUCCCUCCAAGAAGGCGCUAUCAAAGCUGGGUCCAACCUCAGCCCAGAAAAUCACCUCCCCUUCAGCCUAAGUCUUUCUACUCCAGCUACUACCCACAUCCUUACUCCCAGCCAUUUCAGCGAACACCUCCAUCCCAAGCCAAUUCCCCUCCUCAGUCAGCUGCUCAACGAAAGCACUUUCUGAUCUCUGCUCUGGAACCCGCAGCAUCAAAAAGCAAAGACUACCAUAAGGGUGCAAAACAGCCAGACAGCAGUAUCCAUGAUGAUGUGGAGAAAUACAUCCAGCAAAUUCUCAUGAACAGAGCACACAGGUUAGACUGAAGUGGAAUUAUACAAACAUCAGCGCGAGAUUCCGACAUCUUAAAGAUGAAUCAGGAGAAAGCUAUAUUUCUUUGAGAUAUUUUUGAGUUACGUUUUUUCUAAAGCGGCAGUAUUAUGUAAAAUCAACAUUUUUGGCCCUUACAUCAUUGUGACAAUGUUAUUUCCUCAUCAAAACCAUUCUUGGAGUGUUUCUUUGUUUUGUUAUGCAUGUUUGAGAAACCCCUGAAUCUCCCGUGGCAAACAUUCUGGUUUGUGGGAUGUUUAGGGAAUGGCUCGCCGUUUCCACACACAGUUAAUCCUCCGAGCAGUUUCCAAGCUGAGCUUCUGCUCCUUCAAACUAGCAGCAGCAGCAAUUAGCAAGUCUCCUGAGCUCAUUGCUGUGCUGAAGGUUUGCAAGCGCUUAACAGUGAAGCGUUGCUCUGAUUCCCAGAGUCAGAAACAGCACAGAUUUCUUAAAGAGACAGAGGCUCAAUUUUAAAGAGCUAAAUUGCAAAAUCAAAUUUCUGUUAAGUCAUGUUUGAUUUAGAUAUAUAAUUUUUUUUUUUAAUAAGUGAGGGUAAUAGUUACUUGAUUGUGCUACAAAAUGUGUUUGGAAAACAUAUGAUACUGCCCCUUUAACAUUUGUUCCAAGUUCUUUCUUUCUGUUAGAAUUGGUUGAGGCGUGAACACGGCCAUGUUCUGAAUACCAAUGUAAAGACGUUGGAUGGAGCCGAGAGGAACACGAUGAAUCUAGUCUGUUGGUCCAGCCUCGCUUAAAGUCCAGCGUGACAACUUUCUUAACAUUUAUCCCAAUUUUCCUGCAUUAGAAAAUUGGGUUAAAAAUGAAGUGGAUGAACCAUGUGAUCCUGUGGGCCAUUUGACAAAAAGAAUUAAACUGUUCACAUGAGCAUAUGGCUCCAAAUGGUUGAAGGUGGGCACAGUUUCUAAUCUCUGCCACCGCUGUCUCUGUUGUGGUUGUGUCGUUGCCUCCACCUUUUAACUCGUAGUGGAGGCUUCGUCUGCAUGGCAGAUGAAAUGUAAGGAGCCCUGAUCUCCCAAUUUAAAGAUCUUCUUCUUUUUUUUCAUAACAGUGAACGAAAAUACUGCCCUCUUCACCCUAUCGCUGCAUUUAUCAAGGUUUUACAUUGGAAAAACAUAGUUUCACAUGAACCCCAGACUCACUGUAUGUAGAUUACAAGAUGUGGCCAUGUCUUUGACUUCUAAUAGUCAAAAAUAAAGAUAAAACUUUUAAUAUAAAAUUCCCAUCAAGCAAAUCUACCCCAUGGUGCCCUUCACAACAGUAAUGUGUUUAUUUAUUGACGUGUGUCCUGCUGCCCAAAAAGUAAAACAAACGUAUUGGUCAACUCAGAGCAGUGGUGGUUUCUGAUACGGGCAACCGCCCAGGGCGGCAUCUUGUGUCAACAACUCAGUGAAGGGGGGUGGCGCCAUCCACGGCGCCAGAAAGGCAAGGACCACCUCUGACUCACAGACGGAAAGAUGCUGAAACAAAGCCAAAGUUGUAGUUUUCCCUCUGGUGAUGCUUCACAGCUCACACAAGAUGUCUGCUCCUCUCUGGUCGCUUUGUUUUUCUCCAGAUGUGGGAACAUACAUCUUUGCUUUUUUUUUGUCCAAUUAUGUUAACCCUUUGUUUUGUUGUUUUUUCAGAUGUUUUCUGAUUAUUUUCAAUGUUCAGAUGCAGCUCUACAACCUAAGCAGUGCUGUAUUGUGUUUUUAAAAAAGAGAAUAUUUAAAUCUAUUCACUUUAAAUAAGAUUUGAAACAAAUUCUACUUUAGUGGACAAGUUUGACUCCAAACUUAUUGAGAUUUAAGAUAUUCCAUCAAUAAGUGGGCAGCGUUUAAAAAGAAAUCCUAAAAUAUCUUCAUGUUUGAGACAGAUAUUAAAACAUUUUCAUUUCAUUUUGUUUUGUCUCCUUAAACUUGAAAAGCACACUUUCAUGAGAGAUUCUCAUUAACCAAAUAUUGUACUACAUUGCAGAGUAUAUUUCACACAUAAACCAACAAACAUCACAAAACAGCUUGCUCUCAUGAUGAGUCAUCUUUUUUCAUAACUUAAAGUACCUUGUUGCCAUGGUGCCAAACCCUGGCAUGUGUCUGUAGGGCAUUGUUAAACAGCUGAUGCCUUGAGAGGUGCAGCUUCGACACAUCAGCUGAGGCUGAGGUCAUUAUGAUCUAAAUUACAUAAUUAACUUUGCAAAAAGAGAUGGACAGUUGUUGCUUUUCAAUAACUAAUAACUAAUCACAGAGGAACUUUGCUUUUUGAUGGCUAAAAAAAUCUCACAAGUUUGAAACUACAUGUAAGGUUUGUAUAGUGUAUUUGUUGAGUACUUGGCCCUAUCUGAAAAUGAUAUUAUAGUAAACAUUGUUAAAUGUGAACCUUUGAACUUGUAAACUUUUAUCAAGAUUAAUUUAAACUAAAUUAACUUUGGGACUAUUCAAGUCUCUUUUGAUCUAAAUUUCUCUGUUUUUAUCUUUUAAAUUCUUCAUGAUGGUGAUGACGACGCCGAUAGUUGCUGUGAAAUGCUAUUUGUAAAGUUAAACAGUCAAAAUUCAGCAGCCAUAAUUUGAAUUAUUUAGCCGUGUUACAAGAGGUAAAAAUAGGGUGUACAGUUAUAUUCUCAUAAUUUUAUGUAUUCUUUUAAAUAUCACACUUUCAAACAAAAUAUCUAAUUAGUAAGGUUCGAACCUCCCGAUCCCACUGAGGGUGUAAGAAAAUGGAUGGAUGGAGUAAAGUUCAAAUGAAAUAGUUAGCACGGAGAUACCUAAAUAUUCCCUUUUAAGUUAAUUAUAUGGUGUAUUAAAUAUUUGGCUUGUUUACAUAUUUGUUAGAAAUGUCACUUUGUUGAGGCAGCAUAGUAUCAUAUCCCUUGUCUUCUCCCACUUCUCCCAACACUAACAGCUCGCUCAGAAACAACCAAUAAGAGCCAGGAGGCGGGUCUUAUGGUUGUCAGUCAUGCUUAUUUAUGUGCUGCUCACAUCCUUCUCUUGCUCUCUGCUAUACUACAGGGUCAGGUUGUUAAUCAUUUGAUUGUGUAACUUUACAAAUGGCAAAAACUCUGACUUUAUUUGCCUCCAUAGUUUUUAAGACCGAAUUUUAGAAGCAAGUUUGUAUAAAAUCGAUAUUAAACCAAUGUGUAACAGAUGCUCGGUUGGUGUUGGUGACCUUUAGAGAGUGUUUCCUCGUCAGAAAAGAAGAAUUUCAAGUUAGUGGAAUAAAAAGAAUUUCAACAUUGUGCCUUUCAUUAACAAAAAAAAAAAAAAAAAAAAAGUGAAGUGAAAGCAAGACGUUGGCUAAUUAACAUGUUUUCUGUCGUUUUGGUCAUUUUUUGGGUCUGUUGUGACAGUAAGAUGAGAAGUGUUGGAGGAAAGCCCUGAGUUAAAAUGCACACGCCAGAAAUAAGGGUGCAAUCUUGCACGUUUCUGUAUAAAUGCAUCCAAAAAUUGCAUCAUGUUAAAAAGUUAAAAAAAAAAAAAAAUCCUCAAGAUUAAGGAAACAAUGACUUCAGCACAAGUAAAAAAUAGUGAGAUGUGUAUGAGUGAGUGUUGGUCUUUCUAACUGUACCUUGUUGUAAACGUCGUAAUAAAAAUGCGUUUGCUGAAUGUAAACAAGCACAUGUUCAUGACUACUUUUGCUACUCAUGAAGAAAAUGAAUAAAGUCAAUUAUUUUUGUUACAAUAA